CAGGUCCGCUCGGCUCCGCGCCCACGGCGCCUGGAGGCAGCACCGCGCAGCCAGUAUAAACGGCAGCUAUACACAUGAAACUCAUCAGAUGGAAUACACAGGAAUCAAAUCAACUACACCUGUGGAAAAAGGCGAUGGAAAAGCUCAAUGUCAUCAGCCAGAACAAGGCCAGGGGCCAGCUGUGGAACAGACCAUCAAUUGCUCAUAUGCAAGUUCAAACUGAAGCUGAAGGAAAUUAGAACAAGUCCACAAGAGGCAAAGGACGACCUUGAGUAUAUCCCACCUGAAUUUAGAGACCAUUUCAAAAAUACAUUUGAUACAUUGAACACUAAUGACGAGAGACCAGACAAGUUGUGGAAUGACAUCAAGGAUAUCAUACAGGAAGAAAGCAAGAAGUCAUUAAAAAGACAGGAAAGAAAAAAAAGACCAAAAUGGAUGUCAGAAGAGACCUUGAAACUUGCUGUUGGAUGUCGAAUAGCUAAAGCGAAAGGAAGAAAUGAUGAAGUGAAAGAGCUGAACAGAAGAUUUCAAAGGUUAGCUCGAGAAGACAAAGUAUAGUAUUAUAAUGACAUGUGCAAAGAACUGGAGUUAGAAAAGCAAAAGGGAAGAACACACUUGGCAUUUCUCAAGCAGAAAGAACUUGAGAAAAAAUUUGAGCCUUGAGUUGCAAUAGUGAAGGAUUCAUUGGGCAAUAUACCAAAUGACUCAGGAACCAUCCAAAGAAGAUGGAAGGAACGCACAGAGUCACUGUACCAAAAAGCAUUGGUCAACGUUCAGUCACUUCAGGAGGUAGCAUACGGUUAAGAACCGAUGGUACUGAAGGAAUAAGUCCAAGCUGCACUGAAGACAUUGGUGAAAAAUAAGGCUCCGGGAAUUGACAAAAUACCAACUGAGAUGUUUCAACAGAUGCAGCACUGCAAGUGCUUACUUGCCUAUGCCAAGAAAUUUGGAAGACAGCUACCUGGGUACCCAAAUGGAAGAGAUCCAUAUUUAUGCCUAUUCCCAAGAAAAGUGAUCCAACCAAAUGCAGAAAUUAUCUAACAAUAUCAUUAAUAUCACAUGCAAGAAAAAUUUUGCUGAAGAUUAUUCAAAAGUGGUUGCAGCAGUACAUGGACAAGGAACUGCCAGAAAUUCAAGCUAGAUUCAGAGGAGGAUAUGGAACCAGGGACAUCAUUGCUAAUGUCAGAUGGAUCUUGGCUGAAAGGAAAGAAUACCAGAAAGAUGUUUGCCUGUGUUUUAUUGACUAUGCAAAGGCAUUCAGCUGUGUGGAUCAUAACAAAUUAUGGACAACAUUGCGAAGAAUGGGAAUUCCAGAACACUUAAUUGUGCUCAUGAGGAACCUGUACUAGACUAAGAGGCAGUUGUUGGAACAAAACAAGGGGAUGCUGAGUGGUUUAAAGUCAGGAAAGGUGUGCAUCGGAGUUGUAUUCAUACUUAAUCAAUCUGUAUGCUGAGCGAAUAAUCGGAGAAGCUGGACUAUAUGAAGAAGAACUUGGCAUCAGGACUGGAGGAAGAUUCAUUAACAACCUGCUUUAUGCAGAUGUGGAAACCCUGGUGGCGUAGUGGUUAAGUGCUACAGCUGCCAACCCAAGGGCCAGCAGUUCGAAUCUGCCAGGCGCUCCUUGGAAACUCCAUGGGGCAGUUCUACUCUGUCCUGUAGGGUCACUAUGAGUUGGAAUCGACUCGACGGCACUGGGUCUGGGUUUUAUGCAGAUGACACAACUUCGCUUGCUGAAAGUGAAGAGAACUUGAAGCACUUACUGAUGAAGACCAAAGACCAUAACCUUCAGUAUGGAUUACACCUCAACAUAAAACAAGAAACCUCACAAGCUGCCCAGUAAGCAACAUCAUAAUAAACGAAGAAAAUAUUGAAGUUGUCCAGAAUUUCAUUUUACUUUGAUCCACAAUCAACACCCAUGGGAGCAGCAAUCAAGAAAUCAAACGACGCAUUGCGUUGGGAAAAUCUGCUGCAAAAGACCUCUGUAAAGUGUUAAAAAGCACAAAUGUCACUCUAAGGAGUUAGGUGCACCUGACUCAAGCCAUGGUGUUUUCAAUUGCCUUAUAUACAUGCGAAAGCUGGGCAGUGAAUAAGGAAGACUGAAGAAGAAUUGACACAUUUGAAUUACAGUGUUGGCGAAGAAUAUUGAGUGUACCAUGGACUGCCAAAGGAACAAACAAAUCUUUGUUGGUUGAAAUACAGCCCGAAUGCUCCUUAGAACUGAGGGUGGUGAGACUUCGUCUCACGUACUUUGGACAUGUCAGGAGGAAUCAGUGUCUGGAGAAGAACAUUAUGCUUGGUAAAGUAGAGGGUCACCGAAAAAGAGGAAGACCCUCAGUGAGAUGGAUUGAUACAGUAGCUGCAACAAUAGGCUCAAGGAUAACAACGAUCAUGAGGAUUGUGCAAGACCAGGCAGUGUUUCUUUCCGUUGUACAUAGCGUCUCCAUGAGUCAGAACCAACUCGACAGCACCUGACAAAAAUGUGUGUUAGUAAAUCUGAAUAUGGGAAGUGAAAAAAUUGCUUCAGAUUUCUUGUUGUUUGUACAAAAAAAAAAGUUUUCUUUGCAUUCAGCUUUGCCUAUUUACAUCUUCUACUAUCUGGAAGUAAGAUGACUUUAAGGAGCUGAAUUAAUUUUUUACUGUGAUAUUUGAAAUUCUGCAAAUUCCAGAAAAAAAUGACUCAGUAAUGGCUAUCAUAAUUGUCUUAACUUCAUAAUUCAUGGUUAUUGCCAAUGCUUUCCUUUCUGCUUAUCUGAAAACAUUUUGCAAAUGAAAUUUAUGUACAUUUCUAAUAUAAUGCCCUCCCAAGUAAUCCUGUUUUGCAACUUUAGAAAGUUUGCUCCCUUUUUAAAUUUUCUUCUUUCCCACCUUUCUACUUAAGACAUUUCAUAUUUGCCCCUGCCUGAGCUAGGCACCUAUUUAUGUAGGUGCUGGAGAUGUCGUAAGAGAUCAAGUUCCAGUCCUGCCCGCAGAGAACUUCAGUUUCCACGGGAGAGAGGGAUAUUUGCAGGCAGUGUUCUUUGAUAAGGGCUGAUUCAUAUUUGGUCUUAAGAAAUGGAAAGAGUGAGCAAAAGGCUCAGUUUUUUAGUUAGAAAGAAAACUUCUUGAUUUUUAAAAAUAAAAUACGCAACACAUUUAAGUACUUAUCUAUGUAUUCAUUUAGUAAGUUAUUUCUGUACCUGUAUUUGCAAAGCUUAAAAGAAAAAGAAAAAUACUUUAUUAUGAGUUUCCUGAAAUACUGUUAUAUUUUCGUGUUUGGAUUCCAUGAAAAAAGAGAACUAUUUUUCUCAUUGCCUUAGUACUUUUUUCAUACCAUGAGUCAUGACUUCUGGAAACUUCUUCAGAAAACAUAUGCAGUCAUUGAUCACAUCCUGUGGUUAUUUUAAUGAGAUCAUAAGUAUGCAUAACAUUUAAAAUUAUGUAAAACACAUCGGAUGGUGCUUUGAAUCCACAUACAUUUGUACAUUUAAUAAAUGUGCAUGAUUUAAUAGUGGCUUCACGAUAAGAAAAAACAGGUACCCAUCAGAGGCUUGAAUUUCUGAUGAUUAAAAGUCAUUUACUGAGAGGUCAGUCCAGAAGGACUAUAAAGUGUCCAAUAGAUUUGGCCAUGAGGAGAGCAUUUUGCCCUGUGUCAGAGCAGCAUAGUCGAGGUGGAAGCUGAUGAUGUUAGGUUGAAGAGUAAAUAGUAAAGGAGCAAGAGCAGACAAUAAUUGAAGAGUCUGUGUUCAUUCAAAUAAAUUUAUUGAGUGUAUAAUAGGAUGACCAGUCACCUGAGGCCACAGGGUUUCCUGGGAUACAAGACUUUUAGUGCUAAAACCAGGAUCAGACCAGUUACUGUCAAGUUGACUCCACCCAUGGUGACCCCAUGUGUGUCAGAGUAGAACUGUGCUCCAUAGGGUUUUCAAUGGCUGAUUUUUUGGAAGAAGAUCACCAGGCCUUUCUUCCAAGGUACCUCUGAGUGGACUUGAACCUCCAACUUUCCAGUUAGCAGCCAACCGUUAAUCAUUUGCACCUUCCAAGGAAUGAAAACCAGGACAGCCCAGGCAAACUGGGGCAAUUAGUCACCCUAUGAGCCAGACACUGUGCUAGGCUCUCAGGAUGUAAAGAAAAUGGACAUGCAAAGAAUUAUCAUAUGAUAUCAUGAAUUUAGAAUAGAAGUACAUUUAGGGGGCUGUGGUGACACAAAUGGGGAUACCUCCUAGGCUGUGAAGAUGAUCAGAGAGAAGGGGUCAUGGCGAACGUGGCACAACUGAAAUGAGUCCAGAGAAAGCAGCAGGAGUUACAGGGAGGCAGAAUGUUUCAGGCAGAGGGAGGGUGCAGAAUGUGGUUUUCAGAGAAAUGCCAGUUGUGUUUUCCAGAAAGAGAAGAAGAAAUAGCUAACUGGCCUGGGGAAGGGAGCCCAGGUGCUUAUACCAGUGGUUUGAGGAUGUGGGGGAUGUUGAGGGAGUGUAAGCCUGAUGGCGGGUAUGUUUUCAGUGACUCUGGAGGAUUGUUGAUACAGAGGGAGAAGAAAAAGGGGAGGGAGCUUGAGGAGAGUGAGGAAAUCACAGGUUUCUGAGAUGAUCAAACGAGAUCAUAUUAGGUGAAAAUCUCUGAAAAUUACAAAGCAUUUUAAAAAAAACAGCUAAUGCUUCCUUUAUCUCUUUAUCUCAGGCACUAAAUAUUGUACCAACAUUAUCAUGAUCAUAACAACCAUAAGAGAUGGGCACUAUUAUUAUUUCUAUUUUGCAGAUAAGGAAACCCAAGCACAAAGAAGUUAAAACUUACCCAAGGUUACCCAGUUCCUAAGAGGCAAUGGCCAGAAAUCUGUUGCAUGAUGGAAUUUGAACAUUACCUCGAGAGGUUUUAUAUUUUGGAUUAGUUAAUUGUGUUGGUCCUCUGCUGACUGUUCCUUCGGAUUCAGUUUUUGGUGUCCUUUUGAGGCAUUAAACCCAAAGAGAUUAUACCAUGGACUACAAGGAAAGCUGCCCAAGUGUUAGCAUUCCCAGCUCUGAUGAACACAGAGAGAAAAAGAAGAGGUUUACUGUUUAUAAAGUUCUGGUUUCAGUGGGCCACAGUGAGUGGUUUGUCUUCAGGAGAUAUGCAGAGUUUGAUAAGCUCUACAACACUUUAAGAAAACAAUUUCCUGCUAUGGCCCUGAAGAUUCCUGCCAAGAGAAUAUUUGGUGAUAAUUUUGAUCCAGACUUUAUUAAACAAAGAAGAGCAGGACUGAAUGAAUUCAUCCAGAACUUAGUGAGGCAUCCAGAGCUUUACAACCAUCCAGAUGUUAGAGCAUUCCUUCAAAUGGACAGUCCAAAACAUCAGUCAGAUCCAUCCGAAGACGAGGAUGAAAGAAGUACUCAGAAGCUACACUCUACCUCACAGAACAUCAACCUGGGACCAUCUGGAAAUCCUCAUGCCAAACCAACAGACUUUGAUUUCUUAAAAGUUAUUGGAAAAGGCAGCUUUGGCAAGGUUCUUCUUGCAAAACGGAAACUGGAUGGAAAAUUUUAUGCUGUCAAAGUGUUACAGAAAAAAGUUGUUCUCAACAGAAAAGAGCAAAAACAUAUUAUGGCUGAACGUAACGUGCUCUUGAAAAAUGUGAAACACCCAUUUUUAGUUGGAUUACAUUAUUCUUUCCAAACAACGGAAAAGCUUUACUUUGUCCUGGAUUUUGUUAAUGGAGGGGAGCUAUUUUUUCACUUACAAAGAGAACGGUCCUUUCCCGAACACAGGGCUAGGUUUUAUGCUGCUGAAAUUGCCAGUGCGUUAGGUUACUUGCACUCCAUCAAAAUAGUGUACAGAGACUUGAAACCAGAAAAUAUUCUUUUGGAUUCAGUAGGACAUGUUGUCCUAACUGACUUUGGGCUUUGUAAAGAAGGAAUUGCUAUUUCUGAUACCACGACAACAUUUUGUGGAACACCAGAGUACCUUGCACCCGAAGUAAUCAGAAAACAGCCCUAUGACAAUACCGUGGAUUGGUGGUGCCUUGGUGCUGUUCUGUAUGAAAUGCUGUACGGAUUGCCUCCUUUUUAUUGCCGAGAUGUUGCAGAAAUGUAUGACAACAUUCUUCACAAGCCCCUAAAUUUGAGGCCCGGAGUGAGCCUUACAGCCUGGUCCAUUCUAGAAGAACUCCUUGAGAAAGACAGGCAAAAUCGACUCGGUGCCAAAGAAGACUUUCUUGAAAUUCAGAAUCAUCCUUUUUUUGAAUCACUCAGCUGGGCUGACCUCGUACAAAAGAAGAUUCCACCACCAUUUAAUCCUAACGUGGCCGGACCAGAUGACAUCCGGAACUUCGAUGCAGCAUUUACAGAAGAAACAGUUCCAUAUUCUGUGUGUGUGUCUUCUGACUAUUCCAUAGUGAAUGCCAGUGUGCUGGAGGCGGAUGAUGCAUUCCUUGGCUUCUCUUACGCACCUCCUUCAGAAGACUUAUUUUUGUGAACAGUUUGCCAUUCAGAAAACAUCGAGCAAAUAUAAACCUACGGAAGGGACUGAAAUUCCUAUUUGUGUGAAUAUAUAAAAAUUAUGUCUAACCAGUGCCUCAUUUUUACAGUAAUGUUGAAAACUAUGAAAAAUGUAUUUUCUGCUGUAUGCAAGAAAAUAGGGCAUUUCAGAGAGCUAAGUUUUGAAUUAAAAUUUGUAUUCUUGUUUAUUAAGCUUAUUUUUAAACAGAAACUUUAAAAGCUAUUAUUCUUAGCAUUAACCUAUUUUUAAAGAAAACUCUUUUGCUAUUGACUGUUUUUUCCCUCUAAGUUUACAUUGACACCUACCCAAACUAGACUGUUUCUCAAGAAUCUAUUUCAGUUCAGUUAAUAUAUAUUAAUGUCUUUGUAACUCUACUCUGACUUUCGCUUUUAAGUCAGAACUAUGCAAUUGGUACAGGAUGGUUUAAGACGAAACCAUAUCUUUCAGCAUUAAAUCACUGUUUGAAAUAAUCAAGUCACGGUAGGGUUAAAAUGUGUAAAAGCUUAAUUAACAUAUUGGCUACUAGUUAAACUUUGAAUAACCGGUCAUUAUACAGAUUGUUUAAGAAUUAACAAAAAGAGAUCCUUUGCUUUUGAAAUACCAAUUCAAAUUUGCGAAUUAUUUUUUUCUUUUGGAGGAAAAGGAGAAGUUUAAUAGUUAGAAAUUUUAAGUGUUCCCAAAGAUCUGAAAAGUACUAAGUACAGCUGGAUAUUUUUUAGGUGGUGCCAAAAAUGAAUGUUUCUGUGUCAUGUAUUUAUAUUGCAGAUAUAUUCUAUUUAUUUUCACAUUGUUAGUUUUUGGUCUUGUGAAUGUUUAAUACACUGUUAAGUAGGUCUAGAUCUUGGCAUUUGCUUUUGCAAACAAUUCUUUCAGAACUGUCUUCCUAAUUAGUUAAUAAGUGAAAAAAAUUAGAGCUCUUUAGAAUAAUUACCUAAUUGGGAAUCAAAAAGUAGAGUAUCAAAUUCUGGGUCAAUAUAAAUAUGUACAGUUUUUCACUAUGAUAUAACAAAAGUUAAAAAUAAUUCAAGCAGGUGCAUAUUUAGAAUCUUAUGUCUGUUAGAAAAAGUACAAGAAGCUGACCUUAAAUCAUUACAUAGUCAGGAAGGAUGUUGAUGUUGUGGGAGAAGAACCACCAUGUCUUCCAAUGUUUUGAGAAACCUCAGAUGCAAGGCCUUCUAGCCACGUGUCUUUGCAUUCGUGUUGUUGGAGCGAUCAUGAUGUCCCUGGGGGUUGCAUCUCUCUCUCAGUUUGCAGUAGCUGAACCAAGAAAGAAGGCAUAUGAAGGUUUUGCAGAAAUUGUGAGUCCAGGGAAGAUUUUGAGGAGAUGAGGGAAGCUGAUAUCUUUCAGAGUGUGAAAUGAUUUUGGAAUGUAAAGAAUUUCUUUGGACCGAGUUUCUUAAAAGUUGUCACUGACCUAUGUUCCUGAACUAUGAAUCAUGACCCUGUGGGCUAAGGAAUAGUUUCUCUUGGAAAAUAAAUAAUUAACAAACAAAAAAAAUUACGUAGCAGCUAACUCACGCACUUGUAAAAGAGAAUAAUUAUAAAGAAAAAAAUUUUUAAAGGCUGAACUUGGAAUUCUGUUUCUUCGUUUGGUGUGGUUUUUCAAGUCAUUUGGAAACAUCACUGUGAAAGGGUUUAGUGAUCCAGUUUCGAUGCCCCAAGGAUAAGCAUUUCUUCAGGUAUUUGUCUUGAGAAAGAAAUCACAAGAGUAUUUCACAUCAAUCCCAUUUGGCUUAAAAAUGUUCUGCAGAAUCAGAGGGGGGAUGCUUUUGUUAAUACUAUUUACAUCCACUACACUGAAUCUUCCUUCAGAGGGAAGACUUUAAUUUUUACACUGUAAAUAUUUGGUUCAUUUGGCAUUACAGUAAAUAAGUUGUGUAACUUCUGCUUUUAUACAAAGUUCCUUGCUUAUUAUAGAGCAAAAUAAAAGCUAGCUUCUUGUAUGAUUUUCUUUUUUUCUCAGCCACUCCUUAAUUAAACUGCCAGAAAUGGAAGUGCAAUAUUGUAUAUUUUUAAGAACAAAUUUUAAAUAGGAUUUUGAUGUUUCUCGGAUCUCAAGAAAUCUAUAUAGAUAAUAAAAGAUUAAUGAUCAACUAA